AUGUAUUUACUAAUAGGACUUUUAGCCAUCUCCUGCUGUUCAUGCUGCUACGGAUUUUGCAGUCGGCUCGACGGCGAUUCCUUAGCGUCUUUCAACCAAAGCAUCUCAGCCGCGCCGCCGUUAAAUUGGUCGUUUUCGACGGAUUGCUGCACAUGGGAAGGAAUCGGUUGCGAUCGAUCGGGGAGGGUCACCGAUCUUUGGCUCCCGUCGAGAGGCCUCGUCGGGAGCUUAUCAAUUUCAAUGCAAAACCUCAGCAGCCUUAAAAGACUCGGCCUUUACAACAACCGGCUCUUGGGCCCUCUUCUCGAGGUAUUCUUCUCGUCGUUUAAUCGUCUGCAAGUUCUUGAUUUGAGCCGUAAUCAUUUAUCGGGAGAAUUCGGAGAAUCCGAUAAGUUGCCCAUUGCGAUCAGGGAACUGAAUUUAUCGAGCAAUAUCUUUCGCGGGACGAUCAGAUCGUCGUUUUUCGAUCAAGCAUCGAGCUUGAUAGCAUUCGACGCGAGCAACAAUAGAUUCUCCGGGUCUAUCCCGUCGUCGCUCUGUAGAUUCUCGUCGCUUAUGCGUCUGGUCGAUUUCUCCGACAAUGAUUUCGACAGCUCGAUUUCUAGAGAUUUCGGUCUCUGCUCGAGAUUAUGGAGUCUACGAGCAGGCUCAAAUCGUCUGUCCGGAGGACUGCCACCGGACAUUUAUGGGUUACGGGAGUUGCAAGAACUUUACGUUCCCGAAAACGAGCUAUCGGGACAGAUCGACGGUAGGAUUUCGAACCUCAUAAGCCUCAAAGGCCUCGUCUUGUACGGUAAUGUCCUAACCGGUGCGAUACCUCGGGUUAUCGGGAGGCUCGUGAACUUGGAAGCGUUGUUUCUUCAUGGAAACCGAUUAACCGGCGAUAUCCCGCUGUCGCUCGCCAAUUGCACCAAACUCGAAAUAUUGAAUCUUCGAGUUAACAACCUUGAAGGCGAGCUCGCGAAAUUUGAUUUCUUGAAGCUCGUUCACCUUAAAUCGAUCGAUCUCGGGAAUAAUUUCUUCACCGGAAGCUUCCCCGAAAGCCUCUUCUCGUGUAAGAAACUAUCCGCGAUUCGUUUGUCGACACAUAACCUAAGCGGAAUGAUCCCUCCGGGGAUAGUCUCGUUGAAGUCAUUGUCGUUUCUCUCGAUCUCCAACAAUAGCCUCGUCGAUGUAAAUCGUGCUAUUAAAAUCCUCUCCGGAUGUAAAAAUCUUACCAUCUUACUCCUGUCGAAGAACUUCUAUGGCGAAAAAUUGUCGAGCGAUGAAAACUUGAUCGUCUCACAAGGAUUCCGGAAUCUCCGAGUGUUAGGCUUCGGCGGGUGCGGACUUUCCGGUCCGUUUCCGUUGUGGCUAUCGGAUUUACCUAAUCUCGCGGUUCUCGACUUUUCGUAUAACUACAUGUCGGGAUCGAUUCCCGGGUGGGUUGGAAAUCUUCCGAACCUUUUUUACCUCGUUUGGUCGAGUAAUAAUUUUUCGGGAAACUUUCCGGUACAACUUACCGAAAUGCCGAGACUAACGUCCUCGGAAAUUCGAGAUCAUGCCGAUAAAAACUACUUAGAGCUGCCGGUGUUCGUCAAGAGUAACAUGAUCGAUCUUCAAUACAAUCGACUAAGUAAUCUCCCGCCGAGCUUAUAUUUAGGUAAUAAUACGAUCACCGGAACCAUCCCUGUCGAGAUCGGCCGGCUGAAGCUUCUGAUAAACUUGAAUCUCGGAAACAAUAAUUUUUCCGGCAGCAUUCCGAGCUCGAUUUCUGAUCUGACAAAUCUCGAAAAAUUGGACCUUUCGGGUAACCGUCUCUCCGGCGAGAUUCCAGGAUCUCUCCGGAAUCUUCAUUUCCUGUCUAGUUUUAAUGUCGCUAAUAAUAACCUCGAAGGGAUGAUACCGUUUGGAGGGCAAUUCGAUACAUUUCCGAACUCGAGCUUUGAUGGAAAUCCCGAGCUGUGUGGUCGAGCCGUGCUGCGCGCCUGCGGCGCGAGCGACGAACCCGACGGAAAAUCCGAACCGAAAUCGAAAUUGAAAUCGAAGGGCGGGAACAGGAUCGUCAGUUGGAUUGGGUUUGAGGUCGGUUUUGUAGUUGGGUUCUUUCUCAGUUUGUUAGCAACGGUUAAAUUCUUUCCGUUGUAAAUUCGAAUGAAUGACGCCAACGGAUAAACAAAUAAAUAUUUGAUAUUAUGUACAUAGUUAAUCGAUUAUAUGGAAUUUUUUUUUUUUUUUUUGACAUAAUUACAUGUGUGUAUAUGUAUAUAUAUUUGAUCGAUGUAUAAUUUAUUUUUCA